AUGAAUUAAAUUUAGUAAGACACUGAAGACCCAAGUUCAAAAUUGAAUUAGUUAAUGUUAACUGAUGAACCUAUAGGUGAAAUUUAAGAUUUUCUCAAUUAUUCAUUAUCAGAAGGUAACUUUUCAAUACAAGGAUCAAAAAUCAAUGGAAAUAAUAAUUAGAAGAGUCACAGUUCUAAAUAAAAAGCUCAUGAAGGCAAAAGAGUUUAAUUUGAUUCAACACCCAAUAGUCCCUCGGCUCAUUUCCUUGUAAAUAAUAAGAGUAUUAGACUCUCUGAACCUCCUCAACAAUUACAUCAAUAAUAACAAAUAUACAGUGUCAUUUAAUUUUGUUUCAUUAAGAGGUUCAUUAAUCGAAUAAGUUGGAAAAAGAAAAUAAAUGCUUAAUUUAAUUACUAUCAAUAUAACAUACUAAAAGAUUUAGGCUCAUCAUUUAAUCUAAAACUCUUUAGAGAUAGUGCCCUUAAUCUUAAACCAAUGAUUAGUCAAUUUAGUAACUCAAAUGAUAAUUUCAAUUAGAGUCUCAAAAAGAAGUAAUCAUAAUAAAUCUAAUAAAUCUAGGGAAUUCACAAAAAAAUUAUCAAGACAUUAUUCUAAUUUAAAAUCUUGCACUAACAAUUUAUAUAAAAAGAUAGAAUCAGAAUUAGAAAAAAUACCUUUGAUCUCUCCAGAAUCUCGAUUAAAGAUAGUUUGGGAUUGUGUAGUAAUGAUAAGUAGAUUAUAUUUUCUAUUUACUAUUCCAUUGGAUCUAGCUUGGAAUCAAUAAUAAAUAAUUUAUGGCCAAUUAUAUACACCUACCAUUCUUAUGAUAAUGCUUUUAGUCAUAGAUUUUAUUCUAAGCUUUAAUAAUUCAUUUUACUAAUUUGGAUAAAUUGUUAGUAACAGAGUUACAAUAGCCAAAAAUGUAAUUAGUAAAAGUUAUGGUUUAGAAGCCAUCUCUAUUCUGAUUUUAGUUAUAUAUGCUAUAAUUUUUAAUUCUUCUAAAUAAGGAUUUAAUUUGAUGGAUGAUUGGUGGGAUCUAUUAAUGUUGUUAUUUUAUGUACAAUGCAGGAAUAUUCCUAAAUUAAUUAGUUAAAUAGAAGAAACUUUAAAUUUAUCCAAACCCAGUAGUUCAUUAUUAGAAUUAUUUAAAUUGCUAUUAGUUUUAUUCUUUGUUUUACAUUGCUAUUCAUGUCUUUGGUACUUUGUAAUUAUUAAUAUAAAUUAUUUAUUUAGGUUGGUUAUUACAGUUAAUUAUAUUAAGAAAAAGGAAGCUGGUUAGAAUUUUAUCAUAUUGAAAAUGAAACUUGGUAAGUCUAAUAUUUGUAUUCUUUUUAUUUCUCUACUGUAACAAUGUUCACUAUUGGUUAUGGAGAUGUUGUACCUAUUAGUUAUUUAGAAAGAAUUGUUGCAAUCCUUUAUAUGAUGAUUUGUAGUAUUCAAUUAAGUUACAGUGUAAGUACUGUGGGAGCAAUCAUUGAUACAAUAUCUGCUUAUGGAUAAGAGAAGAUGAGAAAAAUGAGAAAGAUAAAUACUUAUAUGCAAAAUAGAAAAAUUGAAUAUGAAUUACAAUAUUAAAUUAGAGAAUAUUUAAAUUAUUAUUGGGAAUCAUAAAAUCAAGUAGAAAAUGAUGAAUUAAAUGAGAUUAUAAAUUAAUUAUCAGAAAAUUUAAGAGAAAAAUUAAUGAAUUAAUCAAAUUCAAUGAUUUUAAAUGAAUGUCCUUUAUUUAAAAAUAAUUUUAGUGAUGCUUUAAAAACUAAAUUAGUUCAUAAAAUUAAACCUGCAGUUAUUUAACCAGAGAAUAUUAUCAAUUUUGAUUCAAUAUUCCCUUCAGUACCAGCAGGUUAAUUAUAUGUAUGUUUUGUUGAAUUUGGAGAUAUUUAAAUCUUUAUUUAGAAUGAUCAAAUUGAUUAAAUCUUAGAAAAUCCACAAAUUGCUGAAGUUAGCAAAGUUGGAAAAGGUUCAAGUCUAGGUAUUAUCAGUUUUAUUAGUGGGAAAUAAUCAUAAGAAAGAUUUAGAAGUAUAGGAUUUUCUAAAUUAUUAAUGUUAUCUAGAGAUGACUUUUUAAAAGUCAUUUAAGAUUUUCCAGAAGAUUAUGAAAGAUUUAGAAAUCUAUAUGAUAGUAUUUAAUUUGAUGAUGUAAGUGCAUUACACAUGAAAUGUUUUAGUUGCAAUUCAAGUUAUCAUAGAGUUCUUCAAUGUCCCUUAUUACAUUAUAUUCCAGAUAGAGAAUUGAUUAUAAAAAGACAUUAAUUUAGUUCAAAUUAAACAAGAAAUAAACAUUUUUUAAGAAAUCCAUUUAGACAAAGAGGAUAUUUUGCUGCUCGAUUUGAUUAAGAAAUUAUUGAAUAAGAAGCAUCUUCAUUUAAUAAUAACAAUUGGAAAUGGGCAGAAUUCUAUGAAGAACCUGAUGAUGAAAUACUAAAAAAAAGUGAUGUUUAAAAUAAUUAAGUUACCCUUGAUUAAAGUAGUUCUAAUCUACAAAUUUUAAACUAACCUUAAUUAUAAUAGAUAUCCAAUUCAACUUCUUUUCUUUCUGUAAUUGAUCAAUCUCCAAAAUUAAAUUUAGAACCUCCAAUUACAAAAAAGAAAGCUACUCUAUUUAAAUAAAGAACAAAAACUAUUGAAUUAAUGGAUAUAGAUGAUAAAACUUUGAAAGCAUCUUUAAUGAGUAAAGCCAGAAAUUAGAAUAUUUUGAAUAAUAAUCUGAUGAUUAUUAAAGAAGAGGAUUAAUUUGAAAAUUCUCCAAAGAGCAAAUUCAGUAAGAUGAGACCUUCGGUUACUAUUGAAUUAAAUCCUCAUAGAGUUAAACAAAACAUUUAAAAAAUGAAAAGAGUAGUUAAAGUAAUUACAAACAUGAAUAGAAUAAAAAAAAGGCAAAAACUUAAAAAAGAGACUAAAUAAAUUGUAAAUUCGUUUUUAGAGAUUAUUUAAACUUAAAAUUAUAUGAAAGGAAUAUAAGCUAAAGUGAGAAUUCGAUUAAAAUAGAUACAAGAUGGUAAAAAAUAAAUCUUAUCAGAAAAGGAUAUUGCAGAUACUAUGUUAUUAGAAAUUAAAUUAAAAAUGUAAAUAAACCUAUUAAAUGAAUACUAAAAGAAAGAUUAAUAAUUAGUGAUGGAAUCAUAUAAAAAGUUUAAACAUUACUAAAUUUAAAAUAAUUUAGAUUCAAUAUUAGAAAGAAUGUAUUUUUAUUAAUAGUAGCAUUUAUUGAAUAAUUAAAUUAAAGAUUAUUAAUCCUAAUUAUUGAAAUAUAUGAUCUAUCCUGAAAUAUUCUUUGAAAAAUACAGGUAUUAACAGAUUAUUAUACCAAAAUUUGAUAUUAUAGAAUCUAGAAGAGACUCUGAAGUUGAGUCUGAACAUACUUUAAGGCGAAGUAAAAUGCUAAAGAAAAGCUUCAGAAAUGUUAAAUCAACUUAAGUGAGACCUGCAUCAGAAGGAACAGGUAAAUUGCAUUUUUGA